AUGGGAUAAAACUUAUCCUUAAACAAAAGUGCCAUUUUAUAUGAAAUUGUACAAAGUGUAAUAAAGAAGAAAACCUAAGAUGAUGCUGAUAAGAAUUCUAUUGUUUAUCAGGAAGAUAACAUAGGCUUAAACAUUGAAAACUUUAUUUUAGAAAAUGAAAAACUUUAAGAGUCACUAAAAUAAAAAUCUGAUGAGAUAGAAGCUUUGAGAAAAGAAUUAUAAAAAUAUUCAGCCUCUCUUGUACAUUUUUAAAAUUAAGAAUGCUAAUUUGAUUGCUUAUAUAUUGAAAAUGUGAGUUAGAUAAUUGAUUCUAAUUAAGUGAAGUUGUUUAACCUCUUAGAUAAAUAAAAUACUCCAAAAAGCCUCGUAAAAGAUGAAAAGCUAAAUUUGAAUAUUGACUUAAUACAUCAUGACAAUUUCAGCAAACAAGCAUUGAAAUAAGAAGUGGAAAAUAUAUUUUUUGAAAUGAAAACAGCAAUAGAAUCAGUGUUGAAAAAUCAAUUAAAAAGUGUGCCUUUUUUAAAUUUCAUAGCUGAUUCUCAGCUUAAAUGCAAAAUAAGUGAUGAUGCUUUCUAAUAUAAUUUUGUGCAAAAAUAAAGUUAAACAGCUCCUAAUUAAGAAAUUUACUUGAAUCCUUAUCACAAUAAGGAAUUAAAUAAAAGUAAUUAUCUAAAUUAAGAGAUUCAUUUAAACACAAACUCUCCCCCGCAAAGUGAAUAAAUAGAAAAUAUAGCUUAAUCAUAAAAUCAAAAACUUCUCCAUAAAAUAAGCUCAUCUUGUUAAAAAUUAGAAAUCAAAAAAGCCUCAGAAUUAACUUUUUUGAAAAAAGAAAAUAAUUAAGAGAUUCAGCCUAAAAGUUUAGCAUAAUUAGAUUAAAAAAAUUCUAAAGAAAUAGAUAACUCAUCUUAAGAAGAUUCUGAAGAUAGUUCUGAAUCAGAUUUAAAGAAUUCAGAAGAUAAAGAUUUAUACUCUGAAACUAGUAUAUCUAGUCAUAAAGAAGAAAGCUCAAAUAAUGAAAAUCAUAAUUCAUUUACUAAGUGCUCUAGAGGAGAGUCUGAAUUUUAGAGAAUUCUAAUGAUGGCAAAAUUAAAGGAUAAUAGAAAAGAAAUAAAUGAAGCAAUUAACUGCAAAGAUAUUAAAAAAUUAAAUAAUAUUAAAAAUCAUAAUGAAGGGCAUUAUCAUAUGCAUUUCAAAACAGAGAACACUUUAUCAGAAAAAUAAGGAGGAGAAUUGAUUUAAUUUCAUAAAAAAAAACUAAAAAAUCAGAAUAAUAAAAGACCAAGACCAAGUAUUAUAUUUUCAAGAUGUCCAUCAAAAAAGUUUUCUAAUAUUUCUCAAAAGAGUUUUUUUUACUUGGAGAAUUUAGAAAAAAUUAAAUUAUAAAGCCAAACGGAUUUUUAACCAUAGGAUUUAUCCCCAAUUCAUCAUCAUCAUGAUGAUAGUUCACAAAAUAGUACUCAAAUAACAAGUAUGGAUUUCUGUGAAGCAAAACUUAACAUAGAGGUUUUAAAAGUAGUAGAUUAAAUAGAUUAAAAAAAUUUCUUUAGUGAUGAAGUUGUUAAAUAUUCUAGCAAUAGGAAAUCAGAAUAAAGAACAAUAGUAUUAAACUCUUAUUACUUUUAUGUUUUCAGUUAAGAUCCAUUAGAAAAACAUAAAUAGUUUUUAAUAGAAGAUAUUAGUAAAAUAGAAAUAUGCCCUAAUAAUAAUUAACUGUGUUCUAUUUAAAUCAAGAAAUAAUUCUAACUUAUUAUUGAAGUCCCGCACAUUGAAUUUUUUAUUCAACAUAUACAAAAUCACUUCAAAAAUGUAUUGAAAAAGAAUUCGCCUGAAAUUAAAUUUUAGAGAACAGCUAUUUACACAAAUAAUUGUCGUCUAUAGAGUGAUGUAAUUGCUUAAAAAUUUCUUGAUGAAUAGAGGUGUAAAUAAGAGCUAACCAAAAGUUAGUCAGAUUAAAAAAGUUAAUUAAAAACUGAUUCAGCUUAGCUUAAUUUUAAAGAACAAAAAAAUCAUUGCUUCAAAGCCUUUAUUACAAAAAACCCAAAUAAGUUAUUACAAUAUAUUUAGAAUGAGAACUGGGUAGAAGGUUUUCUUAUUUUAGAAAAAGAUAAAAGUGACUCAGCAGUAGGCGAAUCAAUCUUUUAAACAGCUGAAAAAUUAGAGGUCUAAGCUAAGGUUGAUUGUUUUAUUAGCAAUUAAAAAAUUUUCUAAUUUAUUGACAAUUAAAGCAAUAACUAUUUUAUAAAGCUUAAAUAAGAUUUUGAUAUUCCAAUCUUAAAUAAAAAUAUUAAUUGUGGUUAUAAACAAUAUUUGAAUCUCUCUUAUUGCUUUAAUUCUUGA